AUGCUGAUUCAAAUGCUCUCUGUGACCUCGGUCACCUAUACAUUUUCUGUUCUAUUCAUCAUUGGUCUUGUUAUUCGCAUUCUACAGAACCGAAUUUUUCACCCGCUACGUUCAGUACCUGGUCCUUGGUUAAACAGCCUGUCUCUGCAUGAAAAAUAUGGUUUGGUCGUGCGAGUUUCUCCCAACGAGCUGAGUUUUAUUACAACUGAGGCUCGAGAAGAGAUCUAUGGGUUUCGCAAAGGCGGCCUUCUCAUGGAGAAGAGUCCUAUAUUUCUCGGGGCCGUAGGGAACGUCAAUGGAGAGACUGGCGUGAGCCUCGCACUGAACAAAGAACAUACUCGGCAACGCAAGGCUUUGGGAUACCUGUUCACCAAUAGCGCAUUGGCCAAACUGGAAGAUAUUCUUAAAAUCCAUGUUCAGAAACUCGUAUCCGUGCUUGAGAAAGGGGCAUCUGAGAAGCAGGCAGUGAAUGUCUCAGACUGGUACACAUACCUUGCAUUUGACGUAAUGGGUGACUUGUGCUUCGCAGAGCCUUUUGGAUGCUUAGAUCAGGCUUCAGCUACGGAAUGGUCAACGUCUGUCAUCAACGUUUUCGUAGCGGCUACUUGGACACAGGGCAUACGCCGAAUAUCUGGUGUCGGCACGUGGCUUGAGCGUUUCAUGACAUGGCUUCUGGUCCCUGCGAAGGCUGCCUCAUGGCGAUCGAUCCAUCUGAACAAUUCCUGCGAGAAAACAGUUCGUCGCCUGCAAGACCCUAAUAGAGAGCACACGGACUUCAUGUACCACAUUUUGAACAACGAAUCCAAAAGCCUGUUAUCCAAAACUGAAAUUCAGUUGAACAUGGCCUUGUUUAUUAGUGCUGGGACUGACACAACGGCUACGGCUCUAGUCGGGUGGACAUACUACAUCUGCACUCACCCCGGUGUAUAUAAGCGACUUACAGCGGAAAUUAGAAACGCUUUUACGGCCAACGAUGAUAUUAAUUGGGACAAGGUUAGAAAAUUAGCGUACCUCGAGGCUACGUUGAACGAAGCUCUGCGUCUAUUCCCACCAUCACCUGCAAGUCAGCAGCGUGUAGUCCCUUCAGGUGGCGCUAACAUUGCCGGAUAUUAUGUUCCUGCAGGAACCACAGUGGCCGUACCUCCAUGGGUAUCGACACACUCGUCUGUCAACUUUAGUUAUCCCGAUACCUUCAAACCAGAGAGGUGGCUAGGAGAGGAUGCAGAGUUCAAGGAUGACCACCUGAAUGCAUCGCUACCAUUCGGAACAGGACCUAGGGUAUGCAUUGGGAAGAACCUAGCAUAUCUUGAGAUGAGACUCAUUGCAGCCACAAUAUUGUGGAAUUUCGAUAUUGAGCUUGACAGAAACGACCAUGAGGCGGUGAUUCGGCAAUGGGGUUUGAGUGGUCAAAUGAUGCCUAUGAAGGUAUACCAUUCGAUGACAAAGCUACCACUUUGGGUCAGAUUGAAGAGAGUAAAUCUAUAA